AUGGAGGCCUCGGUGCGCUGGGCUCGCGAGGAGCCGUUCCCAUCGCCUCAAAGUUCUCCACGAACUCCAGAGACCAUUCAGACCCCGCACGUCGAGGCGGCACAGGCCAUCCAGAGGCUGAUCUACGUCAGAGACGAGGUCGCUCCGGCCCGGGAAAGGCUCAUUUCUGCCAGGCGGACAAACGAGGCUCUUGGCGAAGUCAGUCGCAGAAGGCCGCGUCCGGCCAGCGCUUCGGAGGUGAGGCAGCUACCAAAUGCCUCCAUGGGUGCCUUUGCGCCUCCGUACAUGCCGAACAGCGCCGAGCAGGACGGCUUCCGCCCGAAGGCCAUCUACUCAUCGCCAUCCUCGGCUGGCGGAAGGAUGGGAAGAGGCCACAUGAGGGCUAUGCCGACUUUGGGUGCAAAGCGUUUGGCCAAGGAGCUGAGCAUAAACUCCAGCGGCUCCGCCCGUCGCGGGCUCGAGCCGGAGCCCAAAGAGCCGGAGAAGACUCAGGAGCAGCGGGUGGAAUUUGUCAAGGCCCUUCGGAUCCGUGUUGCGCAGGAGAAACUUGCAGAGUCCCAGCGUCGCGAAGAGCAAGCCCAGCGUUGGAGACGGGCUUGGCAAGCCGGUGAUCAGCCGGAGCAGUUUGGCAUGCUGUUGCAGAAGCACGGCGCGCUGGCUCAAAGCAUGUGGGCCAUUGCGUGUUCGGGGCUAUUUGCCUUGGUUGUUCUGCUUGUUCUGGGCCCCAUGGCGGAUCCACGGCCGGAGGGUUCCUGCGGCCGGCUCCUAAACCAGAAGGAGGCCAUCGCCGUGGAUGAGGAACUCAUGGCCAGUCCUGGCUUCAGCGUGGAUCAGUUGAUGGAGUUGGCAGGAAUCACGAAGUCAACCGUGCAAGAGCGGAUAAAGGGCAACGAGAUUACCCGCAGAAUGCCAAUGUGCCAGCGCGGCACUCAGCCAGAUGCGCCGCCAAGGCAGCUGCGGAUCGGAGGCUCGGAGGAUGCCCUCUGGACGCAGCUCAGGGACGUGGAACAGAUCCGGCUCAGAGUCGAUUACGCCGUCCGAACCACCCGGGUGAAAGCUGCUUCCCUGCUAUGUGCUGGCUCGGCGCUGGGUCUGCUGGGCUUCGUGAUAGCAGGCGGGAUGGGAUUGGGCAAGGCCUUCCUGGCAGACAAAGAAGUCAACGUCAGGGGCGAAAACUUCGCCUCAGGCCACAACUACUAUCCGUCCACGGUCUCUGAGAUGGUGAGGGACCGCGAAAGUCCGAUGGGGAAAUGCUUCUACGGAUUUACAAGCGCCGGAUCUUUUGCUAUUUGGAUGUCUUGGUAUCCGUGGCAUCUGCAAAACGUGUACCUCCCGGCCGAGGAGGAUAGUGUGUGGUGUUGCAGUGUCAUGACACUUCGGACGUUGGUUCCUCCGAUCUCGAUGUUGUUAGUCUCCGUCAUUACGGUGGUGCCCUUCCGAGAGGCGGAUUCGAUUGAAGCAGUCAGCACUGUGAUCCAUGCCAUGGCAGCCACGCUCGCUAUGGGCGGCUACUGUGUGCUGGAGUGGUAUACACUGAACGUCGCGAAGAACGUGAGGAUGACUCAGCGGGAGCGGCAUCUGCGACAGCUUAUCAACUUGCUGCUGGGCUUUUGCACUUUUGGGCUGGUUGUCACCGGUGUGGUGGCGCAGCAUCCAGAGCAGUUCGGGAUCUGCUGCGGAGACUUGUACAUUGUUCCAAAUGUCACAGACAUCGUGGCUUCUUACAACCGUGGUGCCUACCAACAAGGAACGCGGAAUGAGUUCCUAGUUCAACACCACAAGGUCGGACUGGUGGACACUGCAUCUGGCGCAGCCCUGGCCUUCAAGCUCGGCAUGUUCUGGUUCGAGGUCUCAGCUGGCCUGCUCAUGCUCGCCAGCCAUUUCAUCAUCUUCCUCUACUGUCCGGAGCGUCGUCUGCGAAUCCGGGGAUUCGAAGGCGGAUAUCUCGAUGGCCAGCUUUCCCAGCGGAGUGAGGCCUCCUCAGACGGCGAGGAAGAUUUCGACCCCGAUGAUGCUGAAGUGGUCUCCAAUGGGUCAGUUUGA